AUGUCAAGACAACCCUUCUUUGUUAGCGCUCCCGGUAAGGUAAUAAUAUUUGGAGAGCACUCUGCUGUGUAUUCGAAACCAGCAAUUGCAGCUGCUAUUAGUUUGAGAGCGUAUUUACUUGCAACACCAAGUGAAAAUGAAGAUAUCAUCACAUUAGAAUUUCCAGAUAUUGAAUUAUCACACAGCUGGAACAAGAAAGACCUCCCUUGGAAACAAGUUAAGAGCUACGUAACUGUGGAAAAUAAUGUACCUCAAGUUACAGAGGAAUUAGUACCAGAAAUUGUCGACAGGCUCGCUGAGAGCUUAGGAGAUCUUAAUACUACGUUUCAUUACACUACUUGCCUUUGCUUUCUUUACAUGUAUAUGCAUUUAUGUUCUGAAGAAACGUCAGGUCGCAUAUUUUGUAUCAGGUCAACUUUGCCUAUCGGAGCAGGGUUGGGUUCUUCUGCAGCCACAUCUGUAUGUUUGGCAGCAUGCCUAUCGACUCUUGGUCAACAUUUGUCAGAGCCAACACAUAAAUCUGAUGAAAAGGUAUUCAAGAGUAAGGAUGAGAACUCCGAUUUCAUUGAUAAAUGGUCUUUAUUAGGCGAGAAGUGCUUUCAUGGAAACCCGUCGGGAAUUGAUAACGCGGUAGCGACCUAUGGUGGAGCUGUCAUGUAUCAACGAAUGCAAAUGCCCAAUUUGCCUUCUGUCCGUACCACUAUGCGAAAUUUCCCACCUCUCAAGUUACUUCUCACUUCUACAAAAAUACCAAGGAGUACGGCUGCGUUGGUGGGGAAUGUCUCACGGAUUAACACUGACUUUCCUAAAAUUGCGGGAUCUAUUUUGGAUGCAAUGGAACAUAUAGCAACUGAGGCUUACCUGAUAAUGAUGAGACCAUCAUUUUGCAAAGAAGACGAAACAAAGUUGCGAGAACUAGUAGAUAUAAACCAUGGUUUGUUGGCUGCUUUAGGGGUGUCACAUCCUGCUUUAGAAAAAAUCAAAAUUAUUGGAGAUGAAUUUGCUGUUGGCUCAACUAAGUUAACGGGCGCAGGUGGUGGUGGUUGUGCAAUAACUUUAAUUAAGGAAGACUGCAAACCAGAAGAUUUGGAGAGAGCCAAAAAGGAGUUUUCAAAUGAGGGUUUCGAAACUUUUGAUACUUCAUUAGGCGGAAAAGGCGUCGGAGUCCUUUCAUAUAGUAAUGCAACUGAUUCAGACAGUUUGAACAUCUUUGACCAUAAUAGAUUCAUUCAACUUAAAGAUAGAGAUGAUAUACUGAAAUUAGUUGGAGUUGAAUCUACUCCGUCGUGGAGAUUUUGGUGA